GUACUAUAACGUCUAGUAGUCCCACGUCGGGACUGUAUGAGUACGUCCGCAGGCUGACAGCCCCGCCGCACCGCCGCGCUCGCUCAGCCGCGUGGUCCUAUCACUUCUACCCUGACGAGGCGUGGGUUGACCUCACCGUGACCUUUCCGUGUCCGCUGCUGGUGAAGGAGGUUCAGAUACAGCCACACCUGACAUCGCUGGCCACGUGUCCGGCGUUCGUCUCGCUGGAGAUUAGCUGUGAUGGCGCCACCAUGCUUCCUGUCUGUCAGCCGAUAUCGACGGCCAGCCUCACGUUCAUCCGGCUGCAGCUUCAUCGUCCGGAGAUU